GCUGCAGGGGCGUGUCAGAAUGGAAGAGGGAGAGUUGCGUAUUUGUGUAUUUAGCUGGAGGGCGUAGCUGUAAGGGGGAGUGUCAGUAUGGAAUGGAAACGGUCAACACGGGGAAUGUGUUGCGUAUGGAAGGAUGAGCUCAGUUUGGGGAGGAGCGGUGCUGGGGGUGUUGUCAGUCUUGGGAGGAGUGACAAGUCACAGGCUCCAGGAUUCCCGCGCAUGCGCAUAGCUUUGUUUUGACUGAAAAUGCCGUCGGUUUCGAAAACGGCGCUGAACGGCUCCCCGCAGACCGAGAAACCGACUCAUUACACGUAUCUAAAAGAAUUCCGGACUGAGCAGUGCCCACUUUUUCUGCAGCACAAGUGUACUCAGCACAGACCCUUCACUUGUUUUCACUGGCAUUUCUUAAAUCAGCGGCGCCGCCGACCAAUCCGACGUCGCGAUGGGACAUUUAACUACAGCCCAGAUGUUUAUUGUACAAAGUAUGAUGAAACCACAGGAAUGUGCCCAGAUGGAGAUGACUGUCCAUAUUUGCACCGGACAACAGGAGACACAGAAAGAAAAUAUCAUUUACGAUAUUACAAGACUGGUACUUGUAUUCAUGAAACAGAUGCUCGAGGGCAUUGUGUGAAGAAUGGACCCCAUUGUGCCUUUGCCCAUGGUCCUCAUGACCUUAGACCUCCAGUGUAUGAUAUAAGGGAAAUCCAGGCACAAGAAGCCUUACAAAAUGGGCAACUUGGAAGCGGUGAUGGAAUUCCCGACCUGCAGCCUGGAGUUUUAGCAAGUCAAGCAAUGAUAGAGAAAAUCCUUGGAGAGGAUCCUAGGUGGCAAGAUACUAAUUUUGUUUUAGCCAGCUACAAAACUGAGCAAUGUACUAAACCACCAAGGCUGUGCCGGCAAGGUUACGCGUGUCCACACUACCACAAUAGCCGGGACAGAAGACGAAAUCCACGAAAAUUCAAAUACAGGUCUACACCUUGUCCAAGUGUAAAGCAUGGGGAUGAGUGGGGAGAGCCUUCAAAGUGUGAAAGUGGUGACAGCUGUCAAUACUGCCACUCACGCACUGAGCAACAGUUUCAUCCAGAGAUCUAUAAAUCAACUAAAUGCAAUGACAUGAGGCAAACUGGAUAUUGUCCAAGAGGUCCCUUUUGUGCUUUUGCCCAUGUUGAAAGAAUUCCCUCAGCAGAGGAGGCUAUGAAUGUAAUGUUGCAGUCAAGCUGCCAUUUAAAGCAAGGUCCUUCCCUUUAUUCGGGUGACAGUAUAGGUCUUUCCAGUGAGUGGAGCACAAAUCUGGGUUGUACUAACAGCAUCCUGAACCACAAUGAACAAACCGUAAAUAUUUCAUGCUGUAGUAGUCCAACAGUUACAUCAAGCUCAGAUAGCAGUAGCUCCUUCUCGCCUGUUGGAUCCAUAGGCAGGCCAAAAUCAUUAGCAAAUGGUUUGUGUUGUGAAUCUGCCACCCCAGGUGUCUCUUCACUCAGCUCUAACUAUCCGAGGGCACCAGGUUUUGAAAGAGAAGACCAGGCAAAACACAAGUGCCUGGCAUUGGAUAGUAAUCACAAAAUGAAUGAUCAAGAAAAUAAGCAGAGCCAUCUCAGUGUUUUUUCAGUGGUAAACCCACUGGCUUCCAGUAUAACCUCCAGUAUAACUUCUAGUCUGGCAUCCAGUAUUGGCUCAGAUAGUUCAUCCCCUACUGCGCUAUCAAGUGUUAAUGCCAAAGCACUCCCAUUCUACCCUGCUAGUAAUACAGUUGAAUCAGUAAUAGGUUCAGCUCUAGAUCUUCAUUUUAGCAAUAUUAAUGUUGCUUCUCUAGAUAAAGAAUUAGAAGAUACAGAGAAUAGCGACCUUGGGCUGUCAAGUCAAAGGCUUUUGGGAAGUUCUGCUCCUGUCAAUAUCCCAGGCUCUCUUGCACGUUCCUCUUCUCUGCAUUCAUCAUCUUCGCUCUCCACCUCCCCUCUUAGUUCCCUGUCUCAGUCAUUGUCCCAAUCUUACCUUUCAUCCAACAUGGCUCCACGUCAGCAUCAGGCUCAGCCCCUGAAAUCAGAGCACAGUGUUUUGGGAACAUCAGCUUCUUCUCACAAUUCUCUAGGUUUAAAUGGUGUAACAGGCAGUAUUUGGGACUUUGUCAGUGGGAGUUUUUCUCCUAGUCCCUCUCCUGUGUUUAGCACUGGCACAACCCCUUCCACCAAUACCAACUCAAGUGGAAAUGAGCUCUCACGAGUGAGAAAGGAACUUGAUGAAGCCAAGAGCAAAAUAAAAAGAUGGGAAGACUCAUGGCAGCAAGUAAAGCAGGCAUGUGAUGCUUGGCAGAAAGAAGCUCAAGAAGCAAAGGAGCGGGCAAAAGCAGCAGACACGGACAGGCAUCUAGCACUAAUGCAGAAGGAGGAGGUGGAAAUGAAGCUGAAGAAGCUCCAAGAAGAAUAUGAUACUCUGCGUGUGUCUCCACAGUUUUCUGUACUGACAAAAUAUGGAGAUAUAGACAAGCUUCCUUUACCAAAGCUACAUUCUCUGAAAAGUCAGCUUUGUUCUGACUUGGAAACAGUUGAUGAGUUAAUAUUCAAGCUACAUUCCAAGAAAUGCAUUGUUUGCCACGAACAAGAGCGAAGUAUAGUCCUGCAGCCUUGCCAACAUUAUGUACUAUGCGAACAGUGCGCCACAAGCAAACCAGAAUGUCCUUACUGUAAGACCAAAAGAAUUAAAUGGUGAAGAACCAUUCUAAGCCGUUGUUUAUAAGGCCGCUGAGACUCAUCUGUACCAUGUAAUGAAACUAAAUAUUGAAUUGUAUGUUUUACUAUUUGAUAUAUAAACUAGAAAUAAUAAGUGAAAAAAACAUAUUCUCUUUAAGUGAUAGACUGAUCUCGACCGCUCAUGGAGCACCAAAAAGUGGGAGAAAUAAUUUUCAUUGGUUUACUAGGGAUUUCGACCAUAAUUGUAUUUACUUUCUUAGGUGGUAUUUUUUCUGUAGAAUUUUCUUGCUCUUAAGUUUAAUGAAGGCUUUUUUAUAUAGUCAUUCAUUUGAAUUAAAUAUGUCAAAUAAUACUUAACAUGAGCUGGCCAUUAAUGCCCAGAUUUGAUUGGGCAGGUUAGCUGCUUUUGACUAUAAUGCCCAACUAGUUGAAGGGCUGUUUAGACAGAUAAUCCUGCAAACCUAGUGGAUUGAGAAUUAUCUGUCCGGAUGGAAAUUAUCCGUUGGUUGUCUGAAGGGAAGUGGAGAAGAGACAUAGCUCCUCUUCACUUCCUGCUAUUCUUGUUGUUUGGCCCAAACAAACAGAACACUGUAGAAGUGGCAACUUGUCUGGUAUCUGUCCGUUGGGCCCGUACUAGUGCCCUUGCUAGUCGGCAUCUUGACUAUGGUUGGGUCAGCUGGAUUGUCUGAAGCAGAGAUGGCUGCCGUGAAUGUCUUCUAAAUUCAGGCUGUAUUUGUAAUUUUUUUAAACUACUCUUGUUAGAUAAUUUGAUAAACCAAGAGCAGGGAACAUCAUUUUCCUGCUAUUGCCACUAUGUUUAGCCUUCUGGGGUAGCUGAAGAGGUAAUGGCUGCAUUCCAAAGGACUGAAAGGAAAGCACUUACGUAUCACAGCCGUGUUCUAGAUUGUAUUAUUACAGUCAGCAAGCCAUGUUUUUCUUUGGCCCAUACCAAGUAUUAUAAAAAGAAUACAAUCAUCGUUUAAGAACAAUCUCUGAUUUAGCAUUUUUCCCAUCAGACCUGCGAAUGAGCCGUUUAAUAGGCUGACCACCGUAACGUCUGAUAGUAAAUGAUGAAAUCCAUUCCUGGUAGACAGAUCUGUAUUGGCACCGUGCAUGUUAAACAUGCUGCAUGUGGGCUUGGAAUCCGUCUAACACUAUUUCUUACUAGGUUAUUUUGAAGAAGUUUAAUUCUUGUUAAAGCACUUUGUUAACCAGGGAUUCUGUUUUAGAGGUUGUUAAAAAUUGCUUUAAGCUGCUUUGUAGAUUUUUUUUUUUUUUUUUUAAUAUGCGAUAAUAUUGAGCUUUUUUUGUGUACUGUGAACAGAUAUAUUUCAUGUUGGAUUAUUACUGUUAAUAGUGUAGUAAAUUUAUUGUUAGGUUUCAUAUGCUGAAUUUAGUACUUUAUUAAAUGAACAAUAUCUAGUCGUGGGAAAUUUAGCCUAGGAUUUAUACAGUUUUCAAGUGCAAACUAAUAGUAUUUAUAAUUAUAACCAGCAAAACGGAUCGAUAAUGAGAAGGCACAUAUUUACUGAAAAGGAAAAAAAUCUAAUCUAUUGAAGGAACCAUUUUUUUAAAUUUUGUUUUUUAACCUUUUUUUUGUUUUUGCUAAACAAGAUUUUUCCACAUUUAUUGCAAUGCGUUAAUGAUGUUUCUGUGUUUUUUUAAUAGCUUUCAUAAUGACCUUGUUUAUAUGAACCCCUAACUUCAUGAUAUACAUUUAUAAGCUUAUUUUUUUUUUGUUUGUUUUUGGUUGGAGAUGUGAAAUGAGGUCACAUGGCCACUUUUUUCAAGUGCCUAUGCCUUACUGCAGCUAAACGUAAAUUCAAUAUUCAACCAAUUGACUUUAGUCUGCUUUCAUUUUUUUUAUUUUUUAUUUCCUACAAUGUAUUCUGGGCAUGCUUGAAUAAUUGGAAAUAUCAGAGAUGACUUGGCUUUUCAAAAUGUUCAUUACUAAGUAUAAAAAGAUUAAAAAAAAAAAAAAAGUUGGAUGUUAAU